UUUUCCUUCGGAACGAACUAGACGCUGAGAAAAUGAGCGGCCGCGGAAAAGGAGGAAAGGGACUCGGCAAAGGAGGCGCCAAGAGGCACCGUAAAGUGCUCCGUGAUAACAUCCAGGGCAUCACCAAGCCCGCCAUCCGCCGUCUGGCUCGCCGCGGCGGAGUCAAGCGGAUCUCCGGUCUGAUCUACGAGGAGACCCGCGGGGUGCUCAAGGUCUUCCUGGAGAACGUGAUCCGCGAUGCCGUCACCUACACCGAGCACGCCAAGAGGAAGACCGUCACCGCCAUGGACGUGGUGUACGCUCUGAAGAGGCAGGGCCGCACCCUGUACGGCUUCGGAGGCUAAAUCCGAUCCUCUAACGACACAACAACCAAAGGCUCUUUUAAGAGCCACCCAACUACCUCAAAGAGCUCAUUCCUUAAAUCUUGAGACAUCAUACAAAAAGGAAAACUAUAUAAAUAUUACUUUUAUUGUGUAGUAAGUGUUGGUGUGGAUUCACUUGAACAAGAAGCUGAUGUGAAUAGAACAUUUCUCAACAAAGAUGUUUGAUUUUUACAUGGAAAUAAUGGUAAGCAGAAACUACAGCAAAGUGUACAUAUCUAAAUAUAAAGGAGUGAAAAUGUACAGAAGUGUAAACUUGUUGUGAUUAGGUGCUAGACAUAAACAUGCAGUGUCCAUAAAUAUAUAUGUAUAAAAAUACAUAAAUAUGGAAUAAACAGUAGGUUAUUGACAUGCAUUACUCUGGAUUUGUGGUGAUGGUGCAGUGGAUAAGACACAUUCCUUUCCUGUGGCACACUCACCAAUGGGUUCCUGAGCAAGACACUGAACGUGCGACCUAUGACAUAUCAAGCAAUUGUAAAUCGCUUUGGAUAAAAGCGUCAACUAAAUUAAUAAAUGUA